AUGAUCGAUUGCCCGCUCACCCCAAGCACGAUCUCGAUGAUUCGCUGGUUCAUGUGGUGUUCGAAGAACUACACGUGCUCGAUCGAUGGCUAUUUAUACAUGAAUUUUGCAGGAGUGUGCGACUGCUGCAUUCGGGAUAUUGGGUUGGAAUUACUCAUGAAAGGAAUGGAUCUUGAAUCCUAUCGAAUCAUCAUGGAGGCUUAUCAGAACGAUUAUCCGUUCUAUAAAAAGACGGUUGACCAUAAAGCAUUCCCUGCGAUUUGGAAGACUCUGAUCUCGCACAUUGUCCGAAACCUGCUUUAUUACAUUUUUACGUUCCCUUCUGUGGAAAGAGUGAUUCAAGACACCGAAGCGAUCUUCGAAAAAGUCGAUAAACGAGCCGAAGCUCUCCAGAAGUAUGUUCUCGAAGCAGGCGAAAACGUGUCCAUGACGCAUAUCAUGAACGGCCAUCACGAUGUGUACACCGCGAUUUAUAAAGAAUCGCUCAGUUUGAACAUCUACACUCUCAUGUCGACCAGGCGAAUCACCUCCAUCUUGGAGAAAUACGGAUUGACUGAAUCCGAAAUCCAGUCUUUGUGGUGUUUCAACGCAAACAGCAUCGCGACUCGUUGGAGCCAGGCGUCUUCCAAAGCGGCCAGCGCUCUGCUCGCGGUCUUCAAAGACAAUGCUUCUCUUUCAGAAGAGUUUGAAUCUAUCUGCGCUGCGAAAGACAACGAUCGUGCGAUCAGUUUCCUCAAUUCGAUCCGAAACGAUGCUUCCUCUGCGAGCCAAUCAUUUAUCGACGCGUGGGACGCAUUUCUCGCCGAAUUUGGCCAUCGCGCGAACGUCGAGUUUGACUUGGCGUCGCCUCGCUAUCAAGAACGCCCGGUCGAUCUUCUGAUUUUGAUUCACCGCAUCGACCCGACGAACACGAAAUCGAUCGAGCAAAACCUCCGCGAGCGCGACGAAGCCACCGAAGCAAUCCUCAGCAAGCUGACCUGGUACGAUCGCUGGGUGGUUCAGAGGAAUCUGCCUUACGCUCGCGUGUUUCCGACGUAUCGCGAGUGGUCCAAGCAGGGAUUCAUCCGGAUUACGACCGAGUUCCGUCGCGCGUUGCUGCUGAUCGGGCAGAAAUGCGUGAAGCGCGGACUGCUCGAGCAGGUCGACGACGUUUUUUACUUGGAGAUGGAGGAUAUCAUGGCGUGGGAAGCGAACGAGGAGCGAGGAGCGGAGUUCAAAUCGCUCGUGGCGAAGCGAAGGGCGGUGUACAACGCGAGUCCUCUUCACCCUCAUGCGAGAAUGAUCAUUGCUCCCGAAUGCAUCAUGCUCGAUGCGUCCAACGAGCUCAAAGAAGAGCUCAAAAACGUUCCAGAAAACGUGCUGGUGGGCGUCCCGACAUGCAGUGGUGUGGUGGAAGGAGAGGUCGUUCUCGUGACGGAUCCAGACACCGAGCUUCCGCCUGGCGCGAUCUUGGUAGCUCGAGCGACGGAGCCUUCCUGGACGCCUCUGUUUAUGAAUGCAGCAGCGGUGAUUCUGGAGAUCGGCGGGCCGUUGACGCAUGGAAGCGUGAUUGCGCGCGAGCUGUGCAUUCCGUGCGUGGUGGGAGUGAAAGAACUGAUGAAGCGGCUGAAGACGGGGAUGCGAGUGCAGGUGGAUGGAACGAAGGGGUUGGUAACGAUCGUGAAGGAAUAG